AUGGAUAAAUUAAUCGUUGAACUAUUAAUUGAUGAAGAACAUACAAAUUGUAAGAAAACACUUCAUGGUGGUCAAACAGCAGCGUUAACUGAUAUUAUAACAUCGCUUCAUACUGCAGUUGUUGUUCGAGAUAAAGCAUUCGUUUCUGUCGAACUUAGCGCUAGUUAUAUAUUACCUGUAAAAAUUGGCGAAUUAAUUGAAAUCGAAUCAAAAAUAAUUCGAAUUGGAAGAAAAUUAAUAUUUACAGAAAUCGAGUUUCGAAGAAAAUUCGACGGAGCUAUCGUCGUCAAAGGUAAACAUUUAUUAUCGCUUGUUAAUAAUGCCAACAAUGCGAAUUACAACGAAAUUUUGCGAUAA